AUCAAACCGUGAAUAUAGAAUCGAAAAUCAUCAUUAAUGUUUAUUUAUUCUCUCGUCCACCGGAAUUGUAGAUAAUCUUUUUAUUUUUUGUCUUCAUAAUGUUCUUGUGUGUUUUUUAUUUUUAGAUAAGAAAAAGCAAUUUUGAAAGGAACUGAUAGACCGCCUAGACCCAUACAUAACCUCAAAAUGUAAAUUUCACAUGUAAACAAAAGAUUGCUGAUGGUCUUGUUUAUUGAAUGUUUUUAUUAAUGAAAUUAAUGUGAUGACUCCCUGACUAUUGCGAAUUAAAAUUGUUCUUUACUUUAAUAACCAUGCCCGUAUUUCAAGAAUCGUGUGCGGAGCAAAUACAGGCCCAGACUGUAAUUAUAAUCCAUCCUGGAUCCUUGUAUCUUCGAAUGGGUCGGGCCUCGGAUUUAAAUCCUUGUACAUUAAUAAAUGCAGUGGCGAGAAAAAGGCUUCCAGGAGGUUUGCAGCACAAGGAUACUUUUCUUCCUCCACUUGUGCCUCGUACAAAAGAAUUGACUCAAGCAAUGGAAGACUCUCGCCUCCAAGUAUCACACACUCUCCAAUCUUGCCUUCAAUCCGACGGAAGAAGAAGAUACGCAACACCUCCUCAACAAAUUGCAGCUUUCAAUCGUAGGUCGAAUCCCGAAAUUUUGUCUCCAUUUUCAGGAGAAUGGAUUAAAACCGAUCAAGACGUGAUAAUAGGAGACGAAAUCCUAUCUUUGAAUCCCUCCGAGAAUUUCAAUAUUCACUUUCCAUACAGAAGAGGAGAACUCAAUGUUCAUUCUGGUCCUGGCGGAAGUUUAAAAGCAGUUUUAGCAGAUUUAAAAGUAAUUUGGGAAUACGUCCUCACUAAAAAAAUGGACAUUCCUCUCAGGGAUCUGAAACACUAUCGAGCAAUUCUCAUCAUCCCUGAUAUUUAUAAUAGACAGUACCUGAAGGAACUAACGAGUUUAAUGUUGUGUGAAAUUGGAUUCGGAGGCUGCUUUCUUCUACAGGAUCAUGUGGCUGCUACAUUCGGUGCAGGUUUGGGUUACGCCUGUGUCGUAGACGUAGGAGAUCAAAAAACAUCAGUGUCGUGUGUUGAAGACGGAAUUUCUCAUAGAAAUACCAGAGUUCGGAUGGAUUACGGCGGUGGUGAUAUCUCGCAAACAUUCUUCUGGCUUUUGCAGAAAUGUGCCUUUCCGUACAAAAAUUGUGAUCCCUCUGAUAAACUCGAUGCAUUGUUACUUAGUCAAUUGAAAAAGGACUUUUGCCAUGUUGAUUUGAAUGUCUGUGGAUCUCAGGAAAAGACAUUUAUCGUCAAGAAACCGAAACAACGGAGCGAAAAUUAUACUUUGCAGGUAGGCGACGAGUGUUUAGUGGCGCCUCUAAGUCUCUUUCAACCCGAACUCUUCAGAGUAACGGGAACACACAAUGUCCACGUUCAAAAAAGAUCUACUGGAGAUCCGGAGGAUCCACACGACGAGAAUUAUUUAAGAGAAACUAGUCGAAGAGGAAUUAAAGAGAGUUUAGAACAAACUUUAGAUGCGCAAGAAGAAAUAGCAACUCCUGCAGUCGCCGGUGAAGAAGAAGUCGUCGUCGAUACUGUCGAUUCUGCCCCUAUAGCUUUACAAAAUAGGGAAAUGGAUGCCCCUCGAGAAUUUGUGAUGGGUCCUCAACAACUUUUGGGGCUCGAUCAUGCCGUUUUGCAAAGCAUCGACAGAUGUCCAACGGAUGAUUUAAAGAGAAAAAUGUAUAGCUGUGUGUUAGUUGUCGGUUCUGGAAUGAAGUUCCAAGGAAUUGGGAUGUGGCUUCAUAAUAGGAUAUCUCUUCAGAUUCCAUACAUGUACAGAGCAGAACAAUUAGAUAUAAUAACGCAACCAAAGGAAAUGGAUCCAGGAAUAACUGCGUGGAAAGGUGCAGCAAUUCUAAGUUGCUUAGAAUCAGCCCAAGAACUUUGGAUUGGUCGACAAGAAUGGGAACGCAUAGGUGUGAGAUUAUUGAGAGAAAGGGCUCCUUUCAUGUGGUAAAUAAAUAAAAACCUUCGCCUAAUUUAAUCUUUAAAAUAUAGUUUAUUAAUUGUGAUCAUUAUAAGAAUAGUAAAACUUUUAUUCUAAGGACAGUUCAUGUAAGUUUGGUCCCUCUUUUUACCAGUGUCAAUAAAAUGUGAAGCUUUGUA